AUGCCCGAUGAUCAAUUCGAGAUUAUGGUCCGACGACACGGACCCGUAACUAAAUAUCUCUCUCAAGUUAACGAGCGGGCCGGUGUGGAAGUCUCACUCAAAGGAUUCGGUGGAAGCUUCCAUGUGUCCACCGAGUCCAUCGCCCCCUACGUGGCGGGUGGUAUUGGGAUUACGCCCCUCCUCGCACAACUUCCAGACCUGGAGAUCUCCAAGCUGCGACUAUUUUGGUCGAUUUCAAUCGAUGAUUUGGGACUGGUACAUGAUACUUUUCAAGGAUGGCCUCAGUUGCCCCUGUCAACGACUUUGUUUAUCACGCGCGAUGUGGAGCUCGAUGGAGCCGAUCGGCAGAUGUGGGACGCCCUUCAAUCGUCUGGGGUGCAACUGAUACGACGACGGAUGCAGGCCGAGGACUUAGACCUCGCGCUAGCAGAUGUGUGGUAUCUCUGUGCCGGCGUGGCUCUGAAGCGGAUGAUUCUGAAUUGGCUAGGGGGAAAGACAGUGAUCUAUGAGGAUUUUAACUAUUGA